AAUGAAGUUGAUGGAAGGAGACUCAAACACACGUUUCUUCAGGCAUUUGGUAAAAUAAGUGGAUUUUCUCAAUGACAAGAAGGCAAAUGCGGGAAUGAUAUUAAUUAAGGCAGUCAGAUUCAUCGUUGUCCUCCUUCUGACUGCAUACAUCGUCUGGGAAAAUAAGGGAUACAGACAGCCUAUCAAACUGCUAUUACAGGGUUUGACACAUGGACAGGAAUCCAACGAUCAUGUCAGAAAGAAAAGAGAUGCCACCAGUGGAUUUCCGUUCACAACUGCAGGAAAUUGUUCUGAAGAAAAUUGCACCAUUUUAUCCGUAAAUGUUGUCCUCUUACUGGACGCUCCAGAUGACAUUGAGCCAAAAGAGUUAACUAUUCUACUGAGAGAUGCUACGGAAAAUAUCUCAUCCUUCAACAUCACAGAAAAUGUAUUGCUUGCUAGCUUAAAUUUGACCACAGCCUGCUAUGAAAAUUCUACCGGCGGAUAUCAAUGUCAUUGUGAGGAUGAUUUUAUAUGGUCCAGCAGGACUUGUGACACUUAUGGUGCAUGCAGCAAUGCUAACUCGAAAACCUGCAAGUGCCUUAAUGGAAUUCCAUCUGGGCAUUUCUGUGAAUCAGCCAUCGACCCAUAUCCAACAGAAACAGAAGCCAUCACCCCACGUGCACAACAAACAGAAGUGCACAUCGUUUUUUCGGUGGACACUUCAACUGACUCAGAGCCAACUGACCUUGUUGAUCUAAUGAGGCUUGCAGUGGGAAAUAUCUCCUUACCAUUCGAAAUGACAGAUAAUUUAACGCUGAGACACUUGGAUUUGACUACAGCCUGCUUUCUGAACUCUACUGACGGACAUCAAUGUCAGUGUGAGGAAUCGUUCGGGUUGUCGUGUGACACUUGUGAUACAUACGGAGCAUGCAGAACGGAUGGUUCCUCCAUCUGUGACUGCAUAAAUGUAAUACCUCCGAUGUCGAAAUUCUGUCAACCAAUUUCAACAAUCACCCCAUGUGCACAACAAACAGAAGUGCUCAUCGUCUUUUCGUUGGACACUUCAACUGACUCAGAACCAACGGACCUUGUUGAUCUAAUGAGGCUUGCAGUGGGAAAUAUCUCCUUACCAUUCGAAAUGACAGAUAAUUUAACGCUGAGACACUUGGAUUUGACUACAGCCUGCUUUCUGAAAUCUACUGAAGGACAUCAAUGUCAGUGUGAGGAAUCGUUCGGGUUGUUGUGUGACACCUGUGAUACAUACGGAGCAUGCAGCACGGAUGGUUCCUCCAUCUGUGACUGCAUACGUGGAAUCCCUCCAAUUUCCAAUUUCUGUAAACCAAUUUCAACCAUCACCCCAUGUGCACAACAAACAGAAGUGCACAUCGUCUUUUCGGUGGACACUUCAACUGACUCAGAGCCAACUGACCUCGUUGAUCUAAUGAGGCUUGCAGUGGGAAAUAUCUCCUUACCAUUCGAAAUGACAGAUAAUUUAACGCUGAGACACUUCGACUUGACUACAGCCUGUUAUCUACACUCUACUGAAGGACAUCAGUGUCAGUGUGAGGAAUCGUUCGGGUUGUCGUGUGACACCUGUGAUACAUACGGAGCAUGCAGAACGGAUGGUUCCUCCAUCUGUGACUGCAUAAAUGGAAUACCUCAGAUGUCGAAUUUCUGUCAACCAAUUUUAACAAUCACCCCAUGUGCACAACAAACAGAAGUGCACAUCGUCUUUUCGGUGGACACUUCAACUGACUCAGAGCCAACUGACCUCGUUGAUCUAAUGAGGCUUGCAGUGGGAAAUAUCUCCUUACCAUUCGAAAUGACAGAUAAUUUAACGCUGAGACACUUCGACUUGACUACAGCCUGUUAUCUACACUCUACUGAAGGACAUCAGUGUCAGUGUGAGGAAUCGUUCGGGUUGUCGUGUGACACCUGUGAUACAUACGGAGCAUGCAGAACGGAUGGUUCCUCCAUCUGUGACUGCAUAAAUGGAAUACCUCAGAUGUCGAAUUUCUGUCAACCAAUUUUAACAAUCACCCCAUGUGCACAACAAACAGAAGUGCUCAUCGUCUUUUCGGUGGACACUUCAACUGACUCAGAGCCAAUGGACCUUGUUGAUCUAAUGAGGCUUGCCGUGGGAAAUAUCUCCUUACCAUUCGAAAUGACAGAUAAUUUAACGCUGAGACACUUGGAUUUGACUACAGCCUGCUUUCUGAACUCUACUGAAGGACAUCAAUGUCAGUGUGAGGAAUCGUUCGGGUUUUUGUGUGACACCUGUGAUACAUACGGAGCAUGCAGCACGGAUGGUUCCUCCAUCUGUGACUGCAUACGUGGAAUCCCUCCAAUUUCCAAUUUCUGUCAACCAAUUUCAACCAUCACCCCAUGUGCACAACAAACAGAAGUGCACAUCGUCUUUUCGGUGGACACUUCAACUGACUCAGGGCCAACUGACCUCGUUGAUCUAAUGAGGCUUGCAGUGGGAAAUAUCUCCUUACCAUUCGAAAUGACAGAUAAUUUAACGCUGAGACACUUGGAUUUGACUACAGCCUGCUAUCUAAACUCUAAUGAAGGACAUCAGUGUCAGUGUGAGGAAUCGUUCGGGUUGUCGUGUGACACCUGUGAUACAUACGGAGCAUGCAGAACGGAUGGUUCCUCCAUCUGUGACUGCAUAAAUGGAAUACCUCCGAUGUCGAGUUUCUGUCAACCAAUUUCAACAAUCACCCCAUGUGCACCACAAACAGAAGUGCUCAUCAUCUUUUCGGUGGACACUUCAACUGACUCAGGGCCAACUGACCUCGUUGAUCUAAUGAGGCUUGCAGUGGGAAAUAUCUCCUUACCAUUCGAAAUGACAGAUAAUUUAACGCUGAGAUACUUGGAUUUGACUACAGCUUGCUAUCUGAACUCCUCUGAAGGACAUCAAUGUCAGUGUGAGGAAUCGUUCGGGUUGUCGUGUGACACCUGUGAUACAUACGGAGCAUGCGGCAUGGAUGGUUCCUCCAUCUGUGACUGCAUACGUGGAAUCCCUCCUAUUUCCAAUUUCUGUAAACCAAUUUCAACAAUGACCCCAUGUGCACAACAAACAGAAGUGCACAUCGUCUUUUCGGUGGACACUUCAACUGACUCAGAGCCAACGGACCUUGUUGAUCUAAUGAGGCUUGCAGUGGGAAAUAUCUCCUUACCAUUCGAAAUGACAGAUAAUUUAACGCUGAGACACUUGGAUUUGACUACAGCAUGCUAUCUAAACUCCUCUGAAGGACAUCAAUGUCAGUGUGAGGAAUCGUUCGGGUUGUCGUGUGACACUUGUGAUAUAUACGGAGCAUGCAGCACGGAUGGUUCCUCCAUCUGUGACUGCAUACGUGGAAUCCCUCCAAUUUCCAAUUUCUGUAAACCAAUUUCAACCAUCACCCCAUGUGCACAACAAACAGAAGUGCUCAUCGUCUUUUCGCUGGACACUUCAACUGACUCAGAGCCAACGGACCUUGUUGAUCUAAUGAGGCUUGCAGUGGGAAAUAUCUCCUUACCAUUCGAAAUGACAGAUAAUUUAACACUGAGACACUUGGAUUUGACUACAGCUUGCUAUCUAAACUCCUCUGAAGGACAUCAAUGUCAGUGUGAGGAAUCGUUCGGGUUGUUGUGUGACACCUGUGAUACAUACGGAGCCUGCAGCACGGAUGGUUCCUCCAUCUGUGACUGCAUACGUGGAAUCCCUCCAAUUUCCAAUUUCUGUAAACCGAUUUCAACCAUCACCCCAUGUGCACAACAAACAGAAGUGCACAUCGUCUUUUCGGUGGACACUUCAACUGACUCAGAGCCAACGGACCUUGUUGAUCUAAUGAGGCUUGCAGUGGGAAAUAUCUAUUUACCAUUCGAGAUGACGAAUAAUUUAACGCUGAGACAUUUGGACUUCACUACAGCCUGUUAUCCAAACUCUACUGAAGGGCAUCAAUGUCAGUGUGAGGAAUCGUUCGGGUUGUUGUGUGACACCUGUGAUACAUACGAAGCAUGCAGCACGGAUGGUUCCUCUAUCUGUGACUGCAUACAUGGAAUCCCUCCCAUGUCGAAGUUCUGUCAACCAAUUUCAAGCAUCAACCCAUGUGCACAACAAACGGAAGUGCACAUCGUCUUUUCGGUGGACACUUCGACUGACUCAGAGCCAUCCGACCAUGUCGAUCUAAUGAGGCUUGCAGUGGGAAAUAUCUCCUUACCAUUUGAAAUGACAGAUAAUUUAACGAUGAGACACUUGGAUUUGACUACAGCCUGCUAUCUAAAUUCUCCUGAAGGACAUCAAUGUCAGUGUGAGGAAUCAUUCGGGUUGUCGUGUGAAACUUGUGAUACAUACGGAGCAUGCAGCACUGAUGGUUCCUCCAUCUGCGACUGCAUACGUGGAAUCCCUCCAGUAUCGAAUUUCUGUAAACCAAUUUCAAAUGUCACCAGUGCAUGUCCAGCACCACCACCACCACUGCCACCAGAAACUUUUGUGGACACCAUUCUCACCAUAAGCACACUUGGCACUGAGGAAGCAGAGAUCAUUGCUCGACUGAAAGAAGCUUUGGGAAAUUUUUCUUUACCAUUCAACAUCACAGAUGAUUCAAUGCUGACAAAUUUAAGUUUGACCACAGUUUGCUAUACAAACUUUGAUGAACAACUGCAGUGUCAGUGUGAGCAUCCCUAUCUAUGGCCGUGUCAUGCCUGUGAAACAUAUGGUAAAUGCAGCAAGGCCAGUUUAGAAAGUUGUGACUGCAUCAAUGCAAUACCUAAUGAUGGGCAGUACUGUGAACGAAAUGUCACCAGCAUUUGUCCGCCACUACCAACAACAACACCAGUGACACCAACAGAAACUUUUGUGGACACCGUUGUCACCAUAAGCACACUUGGCACUGAGGAAGCAGAGAUCAUUGCUCGACUGAAAGAAGCUGUGGGAAAUUUUUCUUUACCAUUCAACAUCACAGAUGAUUCAAUGCUGACAAAUUUAAGUUUGACCACAGUUUGCUAUACAAACUUUGAUGAUGAACUGCAGUGUCAGUGUGAGCAUCCCUAUCUAUGGCCAUGUCAUGCCUGUGAAACGUAUGGUAAAUGCAGCAAAGCCAGUCUAGAAAGUUGUGACUGCAUCAAUGCAAUACCUAAUGAUGGGCAGUACUGUGAACGAAAUGUGACCAGCAUAUGUCCACCACCAAUAAAAACAACGCCAACAACAACACCAGUGACACCAACACCACCAACAGAAACUUUUGUGGACACCAUUCUCACCAUAAGCACACUUGGCACUGAGGAAGCAGAGAUCAUUGCUCGACUAAAAGCAGCUGUGGGAAAUUUUUCUUUACCAUUCAACAUCAAAGAUGAUUCAGUGCUGACAAAUUUAAGUUUGACCACAGUUUGCUAUAGCUUUGAUGAAGAACUGAAGUGUCAGUGUGAGCAUCCCUAUCUAUGGCCAUGUCAUGCCUGUGAAACGUAUGGUAAAUGCAGCAAUGCCAGUCUAGAAAGUUGUGACUGCAUCUAUGCAAUACCUAAUGAUGGGCAGUACUGUGAACGAAAUGUCACCAGCAUAUGUCCACCAAUAAUAACAACAACACCAGCAACAACACCAACAACACCACCAGUGACACCAACACCACCACCAGAAACUUUUGUGGACACCAUUCUCACUAUAAGCACACUUGGCACUGAGGAAGCAGAGAUCAUUGCUCGACUGAAAGCAGCUGUGGGCAAUUUUUCUUUACCAUUCAACAUCACAGAUGAUUCAGUGUUGACAAAUUUAAGUUUGACCACAGUUUGCUAUACAAACUUUGAUGAAGAACUGCAGUGUCGGUGUGAGCGUCCCUAUCUAUGGCCAUGUCAUGCCUGUGAAAUGUAUGGUAAAUGCAGCAAUGCCAGUCUAGAAAGUUGUGACUGCAUCAAUGCAAUACCUAAUGAUGGGCAGUACUGUAAACGAAAUGUCACCAGCAUAUGUCCACCAAUAAUAACAACAACACCAGCAACAACACCAACAACACCAACAGUGACACCAACACCACCAACAGAAACUUUUGUGGACACCGUUCUCACCAUAAGCACACUUGGCACUGAGGAAGCAGAGAUCAUCGCUCGACUGAAAGCAGCUGUGGGAAAUUUUUCUUUACCAUUCAACAUCACAGAUGAUUCAGUGCUGACAAAUUUAAGUUUGACCACAGUUUGCUAUACAAAAUUUGAUGAAGAACUGCAGUGUCAGUGUGAGCGUCCCUAUCUAUGGCCAUGCCAUGCCUGUGAAACGUAUGGUAAAUGCAGCAAGGCCGAUCUAGAAAGUUGUGACUGCAUCAAUGCAAUAACUAAUGAUGGGCAGUACUGUGAACGAAAUGUCACCAGCAUAUGUCCACCAAUAAUAACAACAACGCCAACACCAGUGACACCAACACCCCCAACAAAAACUUUUGUGGACAUCGUUCUCACCAUAAGCAUACUUAGCACCGAGGAAGCAGUGAUCAAUGAUCAACUGAGAGAAGCUGUGGGAAAUAUUUCUUUACCAUUCAACAUCACAGAUGAUUCAGUGCUGACAAAUUUAAGUUUGACUACAGUUUGCUAUACAAACUUUGAUGAAGAACUGCAGUGUCGGUGUGAGCGUCCCUAUCUAUGGCCAUGUCAUGCCUGUGAAAUGUAUGGUAAAUGCAGCAAUGCCAGUCUAGAAAGUUGUGACUGCAUCAAUGCAAUACCUAAAGAUGGGCAGUACUGUAAACGAAAUGUCACCAGCAUAUGUCCACCAAUAAUAACAACAACACCACCAGCAACAACACCAACAACACCAACAGUGACACCAACACCACCAACAGAAACUUUUGUGGACACCGUUCUCACCAUAAGCACACUUGGCACUGAGGAAGCAGAGAUCAUCGCUCGACUGAAAGCAGCUGUGGGAAAUUUUUCUUUACCAUUCAACAUCACAGAUGAUUCAGUGCUGACAAAUUUAAGUUUGACCACAGUUUGCUAUACAAAAUUUGAUGAAGAACUGCAGUGUCAGUGUGAGCGUCCCUAUCUAUGGCCAUGCCAUGCCUGUGAAACGUAUGGUAAAUGCAGCAAGGCCGAUCUAGAAAGUUGUGACUGCAUCAAUGCAAUAACUAAUGAUGGGCAGUACUGUGAACGAAAUGUCACCAGCAUAUGUCCACCAAUAAUAACAACAACGCCAACACCAGUGACACCAACACCCCCAACAAAAACUUUUGUGGACAUCGUUCUCACCAUAAGCACACUUAGCACCGAGGAAGCAGUGAUCAAUGAUCAAAUGAGAGAAGCUGUGGGAAAUAUUUCUUUACCAUUCAACAUCACAGAUGAUUCAGUGCUGACAAAUUUAAGUUUGACUACAGUUUGCUAUACAAACUUUGAUGAAGAACUGCAGUGUCGGUGUGAGCGUCCCUAUCUAUGGCCAUGUCAUGCCUGUGAAAUGUAUGGUAAAUGCAGCAAUGCCAGUCUAGAAAGUUGUGACUGCAUCAAUGCAAUACCUAAUGAUGGGCAGUACUGUAAACGAAAUGUCACCAGCAUAUGUCCACCAAUAAUAACAACAACACCAGCAACAACACCAACAGUGACACCAACACCACCAACAGAAACUUUUGUGGACACCGUUCUCACCAUAAGCACACUUGGCACUGAGGAAGCAGAGAUCAUCGCUCGACUGAAAGCAGCUGUGGGAAAUUUUUCUUUACCAUUCAACAUCACAGAUGAUUCAGUGCUGACAAAUUUAAGUUUGACCACAGUUUGCUAUACAAAAUUUGAUGAAGAACUGCAGUGUCAGUGUGAGCGUCCCUAUCUAUGGCCAUGCCAUGCCUGUGAAACGUAUGGUAAAUGCAGCAAGGCCGAUCUAGAAAGUUGUGACUGCAUCAAUGCAAUAACUAAUGAUGGGCAGUACUGUGAACGAAAUGUCACCAGCAUAUGUCCACCAAUAAUAACAACAACGCCAACACCAGUGACACCAACACCCCCAACAAAAACUUUUGUGGACAUCGUUCUCACCAUAAGCACACUUAGCACCGAGGAAGCAGUGAUCAAUGAUCAACUGAGAGAAGCUGUGGGAAAAAUUUCUUUACCAUUCAACAUCACAGAUGAUUCAGUGCUGACAAAUUUAAGUUUGACUACAGUGUCGUUGUGA